AUGCAAGGAUAUCCUCAUAUGCCUCCUGGUGGUAUGAUUCCACCUCAUUAAAAUAUGAUGCCAAAAAUGGGCAUGAUGCCUCCACCUCAUCAUUAAAUGCAACAGCCUCCUAUGAUGCAUGAAUAGUAUUUAGAUGAUAAAAUUAAAAAAUGGCGUCAAAUGAAUUCUAAAAAGUAUGAAGAAAAGCGUAAAUUUGAUAACAGCGGUAUUUAAAAAGAGAAAAUGCCUCCAGAAGUAAUAAGAAAAAUUAUAAAAGAUCAUGGUGAUAUGAGUUCUAAGAAAUUUAGAUAGGACAAAAGAGUUUAUUUGGGUGCUUUGAAAUAUAUUCCUCAUGCUGUGUAUAAACUAUUAGAAAAUAUGCCUUAGCCUUGGGAAUAGGUAAGAGAAGUAAAGGUAUUGUAUCAUACAACUGGUGCCAUUACUUUUGCCAAUGAAAUUCCUUUUGUUAUUGAACCAGUUUAUUUAGCUUAAUGGGGAACUAUGUGGAUUAUGAUGAGAAAGGAAAAGAAAGACAGAAAACACUUCAAAAGAAUGAGAUUCCCUCCUUUUGAUGAUGAAGAACCUCCUUUGGAUUAUGGUGAUAACGUUUUAUCAGUAGAACCUUCUGAAUCUAUUUAAAUGGAAUUAGACGAAGUUGAUGAUAACCCAGUUUUCGAUUGGUUCUAUGAUCAUAGACCACUCUAAUUCUCUAAAAAUGUAAAUGGUUUAUCUUAUAAAAAAUGGCACUUACCUCUUGAAGUUAUGUCAAAUUUAUACAGACUAGCCAAUUAGUUAAUGAGUGACAUUGUAGAUAAAAAUUAUUUCUAUUUGUUUGAUCUGAAAUCUUUCUACACUGCCAAGGCUCUUAAUAUGGCCAUCCCUGGUGGUCCUAAAUUUGAACCUUUGUACAGAGAUUUGGAGGAAGAUGAUGACUGGAAUGAAUUUAAUGAUAUUAACAAGAUUAUUAUUAGACAAUAAAUUCGUACAGAAUAUAAAAUUGCUUUCCCUUUCCUAUAUAAUUCUCGUCCUCGUCGUGUUGCUAUUGCACCUUAUCACUAUCCUGCUUGUUGCUAUAUUAAGUAAGAAAAUCCUGAUUUACCUGCCUUCUAUUUCGAUGAAAUUAUCAAUCCUAUUGUUGAUAAGAAUAGAAGAACAACCAGAGUUGAAAUUGAAUUUUCUCAAGAUGAGUUAAAUUUAGAUGAAAUUGUUAUGUCCGAAGAUUUUGAACCCUUCUUGUAUGAUGAACCUCUUUAUGAUUCUUAGACUAGUGAUGGUAUCAGUCUUUUGUGGGCUCCUAAGCCAUUUAAUUAACGUACAGGUAAAAAUCGUCGUUCUUUUGAUAUUCCUCUUGUUUCUAACUGGUUCAAGGAGCGUUGUAACCCUGAAAACCCUGUUAAGGUUCGUGUUUCUUACUAGAAGCUUCUUAAAUGUUGGGUACUCAAUUCUUUACAUAAGCGUAAACCCAAAGCUUAGUGCAAAAAAUCUUUAUUUAAAGCUUUUGCUUCUACAAAAUUCUUCUAAUAUACUGAACUUGAUUGGGUAGAAAUUGGUUUAUAGGUUUGUAGAUAAGGUUAUAAUAUGUUAAAUUUAUUGAUCCAUCGUAAGAAUUUAAAUUACUUGCAUUUAGAUUACAACUUUAACUUGAAGCCUGUAAAGACAUUAACAACUAAAGAAAGAAAGAAAUCUCGUUUCGGUAAUGCAUUCCAUUUGUGUAGAGAAAUUCUUCGUUUAGUAAAGCUAGUUGUUGACUCUCACGUUUAAUAUCGUUAGGGUAAUGUUGAUGCAUUUUAAUUAGCUGAUGGUUUACAAUAUGUUUUCUCUCAUGUUGGUUAAUUAACUGGUAUGUAUCGUUACAAAUAUCGUCUUAUGCGUUAAAUUCGUAUGUGCAAGGAUCUUAAGCAUCUUAUCUAUUAUCGUUUUAACACAGGUCCAGUUGGUAAAGGUCCAGGUUGUGGUUUCUGGGCUCCUAUGUGGCGUGUGUGGCUUUUCUUCAUGAGAGGUAUUAUUCCACUAUUAGAACGUUGGCUUGGUAAUUUACUAGCCCGUUAAUUCGAAGGUCGUCACUCAAAGGGUGCUUCUAAAUCUGUCACCAAGCAACGUGAUGAAUCAAACUUUGAUCUUGAAUUACGUUCUGCAGUCAUGAUGAGUAUUAGUGAUAUGAUGCCUGAAGGAGUUAAGGCUAAUAAGAAUCGUACUAUUAUGCAACAUCUCAGUGAAGCUUGGCGUUGUUGGAAGGCCAAUAUACCCUGGAAGGUCCCAGGUAUGCCUGCUCCUAUUGAAAAUAUUAUUCUUCGUUUUGUGAAGCAAAAAGCUGAUUGGUGGACUAAUGCAGCCUACUAUAAUCGUGAAAGAAUUCGUCGUGGUGCUACUGUCGAUAAGACUGUAUGCAAAAAAAAUAUGGGUCGUCUUACUCGUUUGUUCUUAAAGAAUGAAUAAGAAAGGUAACAUAACUAUUUGAAGGAUGGUCCUUAUUUACAACCAGAUGAAGCUGUUUCUAUUUACACAAUGUUAGUCCAUUGGCUUGAAUCAAGAAAGUUCAGUCAUAUUCCUUUCCCACCUAUUAAUUAUAAACACGAUACAAAACUCUUCAUUUUAGCCUUAGAGCGUCUAAAGGAAGCUUACUCAGUUAAAAGUAGACUCAAUUAAAGUUAAAGAGAAGAACUUGCAUUGAUUGAACAAGCUUAUGAUAAUCCUCAUGAAGCUCUUACUCGUGUUAAGCGUUAACUCUUGACACAAAGACAAUUCAAAGAUGUCUCUAUAGAAUUUAUGGAUCUCUACUCUCACUUAGUACCAGUCUAUGAUGUUGAUCCUAUGGAAAAAAUCACUGAUGCCUAUCUUGACUAGUAUCUCUGGUAUGAAGCUGAUAAGCGUCGUCUCUUCCCUAACUGGAUCAAACCAGCUGACUCUGAACCCCCACCAUUACUUGUUUACAAGUGGUGCCAAGGUAUAAACAACUUAUAAGGUAUUUGGGAUACCUCCGAAGGAUAAAGCAUUGUGCUUCUUGAGUCUAGAUUUGAAAAGGUCUAUGAAAAAAUAGACUUGACCUUCUUAAAUAGACUUUUAAGAUUGAUUGUUGAUCACAAUAUAGCUGAUUAUAUGACAGCUAAAAAUAAUGUGGUCAUUAAUUUCAAAGAUAUGAACCAUACAAAUAGUUAUGGUAUUAAUCACGGUCUUUAGUUCACUUCUUUCCUCUAUUAGUUCUAUGGAUUAAUUCUCGAUCUUCUUAUCCUUGGUCUAUAGCGUGCAAGUGAACUUUCAGGUCCUCCUAACUAGCCAAAUGAUUUUAUGACUUUCUCAGAUAUUAAAACAGAAGUAAGUCACCCUAUAAGACUCUAUUGCAGAUACAUUGAUCGUUUCUAUAUGGUAUUCCGCUUCGAUGAAGAUUAAAGCAGAGAAUUAGUUCAGCGUUAUUUAACAGAAAAUCCUGAUCCAAAUAAUGAAAAUAUAGUAGGAUAUAACAAUAAAAAAUGUUGGCCUAAGGAUUGCCGUAUGCGUUUGAUGAAGCACGAUGUCAAUCUAGGACGUGCAGUCUUUUGGGAAAUGAAAAAUAGACUUCCCCGUUGUUUGACUACUAUGGAGUGGGAACAUUCAUUCUGUUCUGUGUAUUCAAAGGACAAUCCAAAUCUACUAUUCAAUAUGUGUGGAUUCGAAGUACGUAUUCUUCCAAAAUUACGUUCCUUGAACGAAAGUUUCACUUAGAGAGAUGGUGUUUGGAAAUUAUAAAACGAAACUACUAAAGAAAUUACAGCCUAAGCUUUCUUGCGUGUUGAUGAAGAAUCUAUGAAGAGAUUUGAAAACAGAGUUCGUUAAAUUUUGAUGGCUUCUGGUAGUACUACAUUCACUAAAAUUGCUAACAAAUGGAAUACAUCCCUGAUUGGUUUGAUGACUUAUUUCCGUGAAGCAGUUAUUCACACUGAGUAGAUGCUCGAUUUACUUGUAAAGUGUGAAAACAAGAUUCAAACUCGUAUCAAAAUUGGUCUCAAUUCUAAAAUGCCCAGUCGUUUCCCACCUGUCGUUUUCUAUACACCUAAAGAACUUGGUGGUUUAGGUAUGUUGUCUAUGGGUCACAUUUUGAUUCCUUAGAGUGAUUUAAGAUUCUUUAAGCAAACAGACUCAGGUAUUUCUCACUUCCGUGCUGGUAUGAGUCAUGAAGAAGACUAGCUUAUUCCUAACUUGCACAGAUACAUUUAAUCAUGGGAAUCAGAAUUUUUGGAUUCUCAAAGAGUUUGGGCUGAAUAUGCUCUCAAAAAGUAAGAAGCUCUCUCUUAGAAUAGAAGACUAACUAUUGAUGAGCUUAUGGAAAGUUGGGACCAUGGUAUUCCACGUAUCAACACACUUUUCUAGAAAGACAGAUUGACUUUAGCAUACGAUAAAGGUUGGAGAGUUCGUUAAGACUUCAAAUAAUAUCAAAUUUUGAAAUAAAAUCCUUUCUGGUGGACACACAAUCGUCACGACGGUAAAUUGUGGAAUUUGAAUCACUAUCGUACUGAUAUGAUUUAAGCUCUUGGUGGUGUUGAAGGUAUUUUAGAACACACUUUAUUCAAAGGUACUUAUUUCACUACUUGGGAAGGUCUGUUUUGGGAAAAAGCUUCAGGUUUCGAAGAAUCUAUGAAAUAUAAAAAAUUGACACAUGCCUAACGUAGUGGUUUAAAUCAAAUUCCUAAUAGACGUUUCACUUUAUGGUGGUCCCCAACAAUUAACAGAGCUAAUGUCUAUAUUGGUUUCUAGGUACAGCUUGAUUUGACUGGUAUUUUUAUGCAUGGUAAGAUUCCUACUCUUAAGAUUUCUCUUAUUUAGAUCUUCCGUGCUCACUUGUGGCAAAAGAUUCAUGAGUCUGUCGUUAUGGAUCUCUGUUAAGUUUUUGAUAUGGAAUUAGACUCAUUAAAUAUUGAAACAACCCAAAAAGAAACAAUCCACCCUCGUAAGUCUUAUAAGAUGAAUUCAUCUUGUGCUGAUAUACUACUAUAUGCAGCCUUCAAGUGGCCUGUUAGUAAACCAUCUCUUCUCCACGAGCAAAAGGAUUCUUAUGAUGGUACUACUACUAAUAAAUAUUGGCUUGAUGUCCAACUUCGUUGGGGUGAUUAUGACUCUCACGAUAUUGAACGUUAUGCUCGUGCUAAAUUCUUAGAUUAUACAAAUGAUAAUAUUUCUAUAUAUCCUUCACCUCAUGGUUGCUUGAUAGCUAUUGAUUUGGCUUAUAACCUUCAUUCUGCUUACGGUACUUGGUUUGAAGGUGGCAAGACCCUUAUCCUUUAAGCUAUGAAUAAGAUCAUGAAAUGCAAUCCAGCUCUUUAUGUAUUACGUGAAAGAAUUCGUAAAGGUCUUUAACUCUAUUCAUCUGAACCCACUGAACCUUAUCUUUCUAGUUCUAAUUUCUCAGAACUCUUCUCCAACUAAACUAUUUGGUUCGUUGAUGAUACCAAUGUCUAUCGUGUCACUAUCCACAAGACUCAAGAAGGUAACUUAACAACCAAGCCUACAAAUGGUGCUAUCUUUAUUUUCAAUCCUCGUACUGGUGAACUCUUCUUGAAGAUUAUUCACACUUCAGUCUGGGCUGGUCAAAAGCGUCUUGGUUAAUUAGCAAAGUGGAAAACUGCUGAAGAAGUUGCAGCUCUUAUUCGUGCUCUUCCAGUAGAAGAAUAACCCAGAUAAAUUAUUGUUACAAGAAAGGGUAUGCUUGAUCCUAUGGAAGUUCACUUACUUGAUUUCCCUAACAUUGUCAUUAAGGGUUCAGAAAUGUAGCUUCCUUUCUAAUCUUGCUUAAAAGUAGAAAAGCUUGGUGAUUUGAUUUUGAAGGCAACUGAACCUUAGAUGGUUGUCUUUAAUUUAUAUGACAAUUGGAUGUCAAGUUGCUCAUCAAACACAGCUUUCUCAAGACUAAUUUUAGUCCUCCGUGCUCUUCACGUCAAUAUUGAUAAAGCUCGUAUGAUUCUUAAACCCAACAAGUAAGUUAUCACAUAACCUAAUCAUAUUUGGCCUACAUUAACUGAUGAUGAAUGGGUAAAGGUAGAAAAUGAAUUGAAAAAUUUAAUUUUGGCUGAUUACUGCAAGAAAAAUAAUGUCAACAUUUAAGCAUUGACUUAAUUAGAAAUUAGAGAUAUCAUUCUAGGUCAAGAAAUGGCUCCUCCCUCAAUGAAGGACGAACAAAUUAAAGAAGUUGAAAAGUAAUACAAGGAAGCUCAGCACUAGUAGGAAACUACAGUUAAAACUACAAAUGUUCUUGGAGAAGAAAUUACAGUUACAGUAUAAAAGCCAUACGAAUAGUAACAAUUUAGAUCUCAUACCAACUGGAAGACUCGUGCUAUUUCUGCUACUAACCUUCACUUGCGUGCUAAACAUAUCUAUGUCACUAAAGUAGACAUUGAAGAAUCUGGAUACACAUACAUGUUCCCUAAAAAUAUACUAAAGAAAUUUAUUUCUAUUGCUGAUUUGCAGACUCAAAUCGGUGGUUUCAUGUUUGGUGUUUCACCUCCAUAAAAUUCAUAAAUUAAGGAAGUACGUUGUAUAGUAAUGGUACCUCAAACUGGUAAUAAAGAAAGUGUAACUUUCUGUCCUUCUUUACCUGAAGGUGGAUAUCUUAAAAAUCUAGAACCUCUAGGUUGGAUACAUACUCAAUCUGAAGAAAAAAUGCAGCUAUCACCUUAUGAUACAAAUCUACAUAGUAAAUUCUUAGCUGAAAACUAGUCUUGGAAUCCUGAAGUAUCCAUAACAUUGACUGUUUCUUUCACACCAGGUUCUUGCUCUCUCACUGGAUAUAAACUUACAAAGGCAGGUUAUGAAUGGGGUAAGAAGAACAAAGACUUGCAAGCAACUCAAGGAUUUACUAAUACUCACUAUGAAAAAGUAUAGCUUUUCCUUUCUGAUAAGAUUAGAGGAUUCUUUAUGGUUCCAGAUAACCACAUUUGGAACUAUUAUUCCAUCGGAUUGGGUGUUGUGCAAAAUGCAAGUUAUGCUUUGACUCUUUCCAACCCUAAAGAUUUCUAUCAUGAAAUUCACAGAGUUAGAGAUUUCAUCAAGUUUAAUAAAGCUGCAGAUGAUGAAAACUAAGACUUAGUUGACAAUGAAGAUCUUUUUGAAUGA